AUGAUCCUCAGCCAGCUGACCACUCUCUUGAGCCUGCUCACUGGGGCCUGGCUGCCCACAGGCUCAGGGAGGCCUGGACCCCGAGGCCUCCCAGCUCAGCCCCAGGCUGCUGCCAAUGAGACCCAGUCUCUUGGUCAAGGGGCUCCAGCUUUCCCAGUGCCAUCCUCUGCCCUUGGCAGCUGGAAGGCCUUCUUGGGCCUGCAGAAAACUGGGCAGCUGGGGACAGGCAGGCUGCAGCAUGGGCAGGAUGUGGCAUCACUGUCUCUGCCACUGGACCCACAGGAAGUGGCCCAGGAGAUGUGCAAAGCUGUGCCCUUCACUCAAGUGCUCUCCCGGCUGGGCUUCAUGGCUGUCCACCUCCUCAAUCACCUCUGCUUUGGCCACUGCUCCUCUUCCUACAUCCCGCUCAUCCUCUGCAACAGCUGUGUGCCCGCUCGCACGCGCUGGGCACCUGUGGUUCUCUGGUGUUGGGCGGGCAGCCCAGCCUCCCGUCGCCAGGUGAAGAUGUCCACUGUGCGGGCUGAGGGGUGUCAGUGCAGACCAAAGCUGUGCCCACCUCCUGCCAGCCGGGGAGCCAGCUGGGAACCUUGGUGCCAGGGGGGCCCCCGGAGUCCCUGCCCCCUCCCGGGCAAUGCCAGCCGGCCCCCACCCCCACCCCCCAGGCCCAGUAAUGGGUGGUCUCUGCCGGCUCGAGUGGGUCCGGGUGGGUCCGGGACAGCCCGGCCCGGGCGCCGCUGCGAACAAUGCCCCAUUCACGCGGCCAGUCAGCGCCAUGGCAACGCGCCCGCCCCGCCCUCCCCGCGUGCGGGCCGCUCGUGCCAAGAGGAUGCCAUGGUUACGUCAGGCGCGUGCCCGCCCCGCGCGCUCGUGAAGGGGCCGGGCCAGCAGGGGGCGCUCCGCGCUCUGUCCGGGGACUCUAGGCAGUGCGAGAUGUGUGCCUGUCACCUGCAACACGCGGCGGCGGCGGCGGCGGCGGCGGCGGCGGCGGCGGCGGGCGAGGGUGACCGGCCGAGCGGCGGCGGCAUGGAGUAG